UAUUAUUAUUAUUAAGAAGUUAAAAGUUUAUCGUCUUCUUCACGGCGAUGGAAUCCUUGAUUAACUUUAAAGCGACGUUGAUAGUUCACUACGCACUGAUCAAAAAAAAAAUGUGUAUAGAAAAUUGUAAGAAACGUGUAGUUCUCUCUUAUCAGCGAGCAGACCAGUGUGUAGUGUUCAGCUGCGUUCAGUGUAGCUACGAGUCUUGAAGAAAACGCAACUUUCUUCUUCUCCUUCGUUCUUCCAGCAUGGAUCAAAUCGAGAAUGGAUGGUUCAGCGAGAGGAGCCAGCUGUGGCCCGGCCAGGCGAUGUCACUGCAAGUGCAAAAAGUACUUUACCACGAGAAGUCCGAGUACCAAGACAUCCUGAUCUUGAACACGAAAUCGCAUGGAAGAACAUUGGUGCUGGAUGGAAUAAUACAGUGCACCGAGUACGAUGAGUUUUCUUACCAAGAGGCCAUCACCUUCUUCCCGCUGUGCGCCCAUUCGUGUCCGAUGGACGUGCUUAUAGUGGGAGGCGGUGACGGUGGAGUAGCGCGCGAGGUAGCCAAACAUCCGCUCGUGAAGCAUAUCACGCAGGUGGAAAUCGAUGGCAGCGUGAUCGAGGCUAGCAAGAAGUACCUGCCCUUCAUGGCGGUGGGAUUCGACUCACCCAAACUCGAUCUGCACGUCUGCGACGGCUUCGAAUUUAUGCAGAACCACACCAACAGCUACGACGUGAUCAUCACCGACUCCAGCGAUCCGAUCGGACCGGCCGUCAACCUGUUCACCGAGAGCUACUUCGCCUUGCUGAAGCGCGCUCUGAAGCCGAACGGCAUCAUCUGCUCGCAGGCGGGAACCAUCUGGAACAACCUGAGACACGUGAGGAGCACCACUCUCAGCUGCAGGAAGCAUUUCGCGAACGUGCGCUACGCCUACGCCAGCGUACCUACCUAUCCGACCGGUCAAAUAGGCUUCAUCAUCGCCACCGACAACGUGAGCAACGAUCUGCAAGAUCCCAAGCAACUUUUCGACGUCGAAUCGUUGGACUUGAAAUACUACAAUGCGGACGUGCACAAGAGCGCCUUCGUUCUACCAACUUUCGCCAAGCGGGCAUUCAUAUAAGAAACAAAUUUCAAGUUUUAAAGCACUUUUAUUGAAUAUUUAAAAAAUAUAUAUUUUUCUCUCUC